UACAAGAACAGCAGAUGCCGGAUGGAAACCUGCUUCGACUUCUCCAGGUGCGAGAAGCAUGGCUUCAAAGUCUUCACCUACCCCCAGGAGAGGGACCAGCCCCUCUCGGAGAGUUACGGCAAAAUCCUCACCUCCAUCGAGCGCUCUCGCUACUACACCCCGAACCCCGAGGAAGCCUGCCUCUUCAUCCUCAGCAUCGACACGCUGGACCGCGACCACCUCUCGGGUCAAUAUGUCCGUAAUGUCGAUGAGAAAAUCCGCAAUUUCCCGCUCUGGAACGGUGGUCGUAACCACCUCAUCUUCAACCUCUACUCAGGCACUUGGCCCAAUUACACCGAGGACUUGGGCUUUGACAUUGGCCAGGCCAUCCUGGCCAAAGCCAGCUUCUACACCGAGAGCUUCAGGCCCGGCUUUGACAUCUCCAUCCCUCUCUUCUCCAAGGACCUCCCGCAGCGUGGCGGGGAGAAGGGGUGGUUGUAUCAGGACUCGAUCCCCCCAAAAAAGAAAUACUUGUUGGUGUUCAAGGGGAAGCGGUACCUGACCGGCAUCGGCUCCAGCACCAGGAACGCGCUGCACCACAUCCACAAUGGGAAGGACAUCGUCUCGCUCACCACCUGCAAGCACGGCAAGGACUGGGAGAAGCACAAGGACACGCGCUGCGACAAGGAUAACGUCGACUACGAAAAAUUUGACUACCAGGAGCUGCUGCACAAUUCCACCUUCUGCAUCGUGCCCCGGGGCAGGCGCUUGGG